AAUGAAUUAAAUGAUCAUGAUGAUGGUAAAUUAAGAGGUUGUGAUUAUGGAUCAAGAGGUCAUAUUGAUAAACUAAGAGGUUGUGAUAGUAGAUCAAGAGGUUGUGAUAAUAAACCAAGAGGUUAUAGUAGUGAAUUAAGAGGUCAUGGAUUAAGAAGUCGUGGUAGAAGUCAUGAUGGUGGAUCAAGUCAUAAUGAAUAUUGA